GUGCUUGUUAUACAGAAGACUGGAGAAGAAGAUUCACUGGAAAUUCAUUCGCCAGCUCAGAAAGUGUCUUCGGAGGCUGAGGUCCAGAAGCUAUUGGACAUUCCUCGUCCGCUCAGUAGCUCCGAGGAAGAUCGGCUGAAAUCGCUCCUCAAGAAGAUACCAUUCGGAGAGUUUGCUUGGAAUUGCUAUCUGGCUAAGCGUCGUCGAUACGAUGAAGUGACAGAGCUCUCUAUUCCACCCAAUGCUGGUCGCAACGAGGCUGUUUUGGAAUAUCAACAGUUGUUGCCUAUAGUGAAGAAACUUCGUCAGAAUUUACCGACAACAAAGAGACUAUCCUGGCCGAGUCAUAUUAAAGAGGCCAUACAGAAAUUUGAGAGUGAAAACGGUUCUUCCUCACCAGCUCGAGAAAGAGACUUACCAAUAAUUGAUCGAGGAAAAACCCCUGUUCGAUUGCUGAGAAGACAAUCGAAUGCUGACGCUCGAAAGCGUACAGCCGCCACUGCUUUGCAACAGCUAUCUAUCAAUUCUCCGCAGCUUUCAAGCCUGUCUGAUAAAUCUCCACCCGCUGCUAAACGUGCCCUCAUGGACCUCAGUGAAGAUGACGUAAUUAUACCGGAGGACAUCCCGAUCAAUACGUUAAACAACAUAGCGGACAUUCUACGGACGCCCAAGGCGCGCGCUUGUGCAGCUGCACGUGCAGAAUCGCAACGGAAAUGGACAGACAAGACACCAGAAGCAGAAGUUGAACGUCCAGCUCCGAGAAGUAUUCUGAAGUCAGGGAAAACUGUUGAACGUAGUCAGCCUCGUAAUCGUCUACAGUUUAAACUUCCUCCAUCACUUCCAUCAUCUACUGAACAACACGCGAUUUCUGGGACAUCCAGUUCGGAAGUUCUCGGGAAAAUGACUCAGCCAAAUUUCGACGAAUCUUUCGAAUAUGGUGAUGAUUCCGCAAGUACAGACGAUGCAGUAGUUGAAGUCCAAGAUGAACCGUUCGAGCCUCUGGUCAGUCCCGACCCUGAAGUACUGCCUAGCAAAGAAGAAGAUGUACUGGAACAUUCUGUGGAAGUGCAAGAUGAGGAGGACGAAGUGGAGCAACCAGCAGAUGAUACAGAACCUCCACCUUUGGUUGAUGAGGAAGAACAAGAUGAGGAGGAUUAUGAGGAGCUCGAAUUGUUGAGCCGAUAUUGGCAGAUGAACUCAGUCGGAAAGAUAUUAAUUAGAGAAGAACUGCAAAAUGAACAGCGUUUUGAAACUCAGGAGGAGAUCGAAUCUGUCAAAUAUGUAGAGGAGGUCGAGUCUACCCAGAAAGGUGGCGAUGCUUUACGGAAUGAAGAUGCCAUGGAAACAGAAGUGUAUGAAAUUGAGACGAGUGUUGAACUGCAAGACGAUUGUCAAGAAGUCAAUAGCGUCGUUCACAUCCCAAGCCCUGGAUCACUUCCGGGAACCUCGGAAAAUGGACAAGUCGCAGCUGAGAGGCAGCCCGAUAUGGAUGAGGAUGCCCACGUUGAUCGCGCAGCUGAGAGGCAGCCCGAUAUGGAUGAGGAUGCCCACGUUGAUCGCGCUGCUGAGGAAGAAACUGCAGUGGAGAGGCAGUCUGAUGUGGAUGAGGCUGCAUCCGAAAAGCAGUCCGAUAACUCCAGUGAUAUUGGUACCCCAGUACAAACAGUAAUCGAGACCCAGUCGGAUGGGGAUGAGGUAAGUCAUCCCAACCAUUGGCGCUCCUUUAUGUGA